AUGACUUCACAAUCUUCAAGCUUAAACGAUAAUGUGACUCUACAAAGCCAAACCAAUUUUCUCCUGCAAUGUAAAUGGGAGUUAUUGCUUAUAACAAACUGUGAAGGAAGCUCAUACUUGGUCCAAAUAUGUUAUGUAUCAAUAAUAUUAUGUCUUACGAUCUCAGUUUUAUCACUAGCCAUUUUAGUUUAUAAGACUAUCUGGAAUAAUAUUCAAAUAAGAAUGAAUCCUCUUAAGGGAUUUUUAACUUCUAUGAUUUUGUAUGGAAUAAUUCGAGCAGUUUCAAUGCUAAUAGCAACGAAUGAUUGGAUACAUGAUAGUUAUAUUUUAAAAGCAGUUGUUGCAGCUCUUGGUUGGGCGUUUGGAUGCAAUGCCAUUGCAAUCUACUUAGUUAGCAUAUUUAAAGUGCUUCCUCGAUUAGCAUUGAACCAACACACUGUCUUUAGUGUCGAUGCAGAUCUUCCUGAAGACCAUUUGACGGCAAAUCGUUUUAUACCAAACCCUAACUCAGUACUUAAAGUAUAUUGGGCAUUUACAAUUGCUUCAUUCGUUUGUGCUAUAAUAUUGUCAAUAUUAAAAGGUUAUUUUCAAGGAACUGGUAAAGAAUUGCCAUUUAGUAUAACCUAUACUCUUCUAGCAAUUCAACUUGGAGUUUCAGAUGUAUUAGGAAUCGUGUGUUUUAUAAAGUAUGGGAGAUUAAUUAUUAAAUUACUUGAUGAAAGUGCUACACUAAUGGGAUUGAUGGACAUAAAAUAUUCGCAUCAUAGGGCAUCAUGUUUAAAAAAUUAUUCUAUUUAUUUGAAGAAGCCUACUUGUUAUAGUUUGUUGGCUUGGGUUUUUGGGUUUUUUUAUAGCUCUCAUGAGAAGGAUAAUAGACAAGAACAUGCUAAUAUACGUAACUCUAGCAGCUAUAAGCUUAGACGGAAUCCCUAUGGCAAUGUUGAUCACACUUCUUGGAAUCAUUUACGGAGAGAUACACAAACAAUACAGCGUACAAGUGGAAGAAAUUACCAUGUCAAUUAA